AUGGGCUUCCUGCAGGCCCUUUUCCAAGCACGGAAGCUGCUGCUGGUAGUCUGCGCUCCACUGCUGCUGCUGCCUCUGCCCAUCCUCCACCCCAGCAGUGAGGCUUCAUGUGCUUAUGUGCUGAUCGUGACUGCUGUGUACUGGGUGUCCGAGGCUGUGCCACUUGGAGCUGCAGCCCUAGUGCCUGCCUUCCUCUACCCAUUCUUCGGAGUUCUACGGUCCAAUGAGGUAGCUGCCGAGUACUUCAAGAAUACCACGCUGCUGCUGGCGGGCGUCAUCUGCGUGGCGGCGGCAGUGGAGAAGUGGAACCUGCACAAGCGCAUCGCCCUGCGGAUGGUCUUGAUGGCGGGGGCCAAGCCCGGCAUGCUGCUGCUGUGCUUCAUGUGCUGCACCACGAUGCUGUCCAUGUGGCUCUCUAACACUUCCACCACUGCCAUGGUAAUGCCCAUUGUGGAGGCCGUGCUGCAGGAGCUGGUCAGCGCUGAAGAUGAGCAACUCAUGGCGGGCGACUCCAGUGCUGAAGAACCUGAGCCUACCAGUCUUGAUGUAAACAACAGCCAACCCUCUCUGGAACUCAUGUUUGUCAAUGAAGACACAUCAACUGCAGACUUCACUUCCCUGAUGCAGAACAAGAAUCUGAAUGGUGUGCCCACUACCACCAAUCCUAUCAAAGCAGCAAACCAACACCAGGGCAAGAAGCAGCACCUAUCCCAGGAAAAGCCACGGGCCCCCAGUCCCCGGAACCAAGAGCUGAACAGAAAGUACAGGUCCCAACAUGACCAAAUGAUCUGCAAGUGCCUCUCUCUGAGCAUAUCCUACGCCGCUACCAUUGGCGGCCUGACCACUAUCAUUGGCACAUCCACCAGCCUCAUUUUCCUGGAACACUUCAACAACCAGUACCCAGCCGCAGAGGUGGUGAACUUUGGCACCUGGUUCCUCUUCAGCUUCCCCAUCUCCCUCAUCAUGCUGGUGGUCAGCUGGUUCUGGAUGCACUGGCUUUUCCUGGGCUGCAACUUUAAAGAGACCUGUUCUCUGAGCAAGAAGAAGAAGACCAAAAGGGAAGAGAUGUCAGAGAAGAGGAUUCGAGCAGAAUAUGAAAAGCUGGGAGACAUUAGCUACCCAGAAAUGGUGACUGGAUUUUUCUUCAUCCUGAUGACUGUGCUGUGGUUUACCCGGGAACCUGGCUUCGUCCCUGGCUGGGAUUCUUUCUUUGAAAAGAAAGGCUACCGCACUGAUGCCACAGUCUCUGUCUUCCUCGGCUUCCUCCUUUUCCUAAUCCCAGCCAAGAAGCCCUGCUUUGGGAAAAAGAGUGAUGGGGUGGACCGGGAGUCCUCCAUGGGGACAGAGCCCAUCAUCACAUGGAAGGACUUUCAGAAAACCAUGCCCUGGGAAAUUGUCAUCCUGGUGGGAGGAGGCUAUGCCCUGGCUUCUGGAAGCAAGAGCUCUGGCCUCUCCACAUGGAUUGGGCACCAGAUGUUGUCUCUGAGCAGCCUCCCACCAUGGGCUGUCACUCUGCUGGCAUGCAUCCUAGUGUCCAUUAUCACAGAAUUUGUCAGCAACCCAGCCACCAUCACCAUCUUCCUGCCCAUCCUGUGCAGCCUGUCUGAAACGCUGCACAUUAACCCACUCUACACCCUGAUCCCAGUCACCAUGUGCAUCUCCUUUGCAGUGAUGCUGCCUGUGGGCAAUCCCCCUAAUGCCAUCGUCUUCAGCUAUGGGCACUGCCAGAUCAAAGAUAUGGUGAAAGCUGGCCUGGGAGUCAAUGUCAUUGGCUUGGUGAUAGUGAUGGUGGCCAUCAACACCUGGGGAGUUAGCCUCUUCCACCUAGACACUUUCCCAGCCUGGGCUAAGGUCAGCAACAUCACUGAUCAGGCCUAACAAGUGGACAAGCAGGCCUGACCAGAGGAGCCGCCCUCGGCAGGAGUUGAGUCACAGGCAAAGAAAACCACCAGGAAAAGCAUACACCCUGGACUCAUACUGAAGGCAUCCCUGCCAGAAGAUUCCACCACCAGCCACCUCUGUGAAGUGCAGGAGUCCUCCAAAUACCAGACAUGUUGCUUGGCAGUUAGCGUCUUCCCCGCCUGCCUGCUUUUCUUAGCAACACAGCUCAAGAAAAUCUAAAAUUGUCCUGUGUUGUCCUUCCAAUUGCCUCUUUCUUAAGACAGGAAAAGAAGGAAGCUUGUUUUAGUUGCCCCUCAGAGGCAAAGUCUCAUAAACUGACUGGACUCACUAGGUUUUAUGUUAUUUGUAAUACCUUCCUGGGGAUUGAAGGAGAUAACCAAACCAUUCUAGUAGGGGAAAACCUUACCCAGAAUUUGAGCCAUUUUGUGUGUUUCUGUUCUGUUGUCUCUAAAAAAGAAGAAAGAGGAAAGAAAGAGAGAGAGAGAGAGAGAGAGAGAAGAAGAGAAGAGAAGAGACGAGAAGAGAAGAUAAAAGAAAAGAGAAAGAAAGUUCUUGGUAAAUCUUCUUUGUGGCUUUCACUACUCUGAUUCCAUCAUAAAAAUCUCUUCAAUGGCACCCCUUAACCCUGACACCACAUUACUGUAAAGAAAUAAUUGUUCCCUUUAGAAAGAGGAUGGCUUUAUUCUCUUUGUUAAAGGAAGUAAAGAAAAGAACUCACCUUGAGAUUAGCAUCUCUCUCUACCUGUCAUGAACCAGAAAUAACUGCCUUGGCUAAGUGUGGAGGGAGGGAAAAUUUUCGUACCUGUUUUAUUAAGAUGAAAACGACAAUGAGGACCAAAGCAGUAUUAUUGGUAUUACACUGGCUUGCUUUUCAAUUUAAUGCGUAGUUUGUUCCUCAGAAGACAAAGCACUAAGUAGUGACCCAAAAGUCCACACAUCAGUCAUUCCACGUGAGCCCCUUGAGGGAAGGGAGAUGUCUGAGCCUCUUCAAUGCCUUACAGUGUAGUAAACUGUGAGUGCUCAAUAAAUGUUCCUGAUGAGAAAGCAAGGCCUCCUUCUUCCUCCUGAGGACCAUGCCACUUUCUCUGCUAUGCGAGUGGCUAUCUCUCAUCCGUCUAGUUUUCUGCCAUUACAUAUUUUUUCUUUUUUGGAAGGGUGGAUGGAUACUGCAGUUUGAACUCAGGGCCUUGCACUUGCAAGGCAGGCGCUCUGCUACUUGACCUGCACCUCCAGCCCCAUAUUUCUGAUGUUUUUUUCUUAGGGGAAGAGGAGUACCCUAUAGUUAUUGUACUGUUUUGAUGGAUUUAAAGUUACUAUUGAUGACAUAUACAGCUUUCCCAUGAUAAUAUCUGUAAAAUCACUCCUUCAGUUUAUUAAGUCUGAGUUGUAAGGUUCCUUCUGUUCUAGUCAGUGCUUGCAAGCUGCGACCAUAGAAUGUGAUUGACCAGGUUUAACCAGGAAUGACUGCUUCUGCUCUGCCAAUUCGUUUAGCCAAUGUUUGGCCAAUUAUAAUAAUUAAUAGUGAAGACUUCAUGAGUCUAAAUGAAAUGCCAGUAUUAGGUAUGCUAGAGCUCUAAAAUGUUCGGGUUAGGGUGUUACUUCUAUUGUCAGAGGUAACAAAUCAUCACAUUUCUGAACCAUUACAGAACUCAUCCUAACCUCUAGGUCAGAUGAUAAGACGAAGGCACAGACUGAAAGUUUCUGGGAACACAAGUAAAAAGAAAACCAGACUUAGAGCUAAGCAGACUUAGAAUUAUUAGCCAGCACUGAGCUGUUUGGGACCCUAAGUCACUCCUAUAAGGGAGGCAGUGCCAACCCCCGACAGCAGGCUCUGCCAAAGCUCCAACAGCUGAUGCAUUCAACCAGUCAAGGUCUCAAAAUAUUUUCCCUUCACCACCCUGUUCCUUUCCACAAGGCAAGGCCUGAAUAGCCAGCAGAGGAAAAAGAACUCAUUCAUCUGCAUAAGGAAUGGAAAUACUACAUGCAAACCCAAGAAUGGAAGUUUAAGAAGGGCCUCAUUUGCUCCAGUAUAGUAUAGUGUUUCUUCAGUAGGAAUAACUCAGAAAAGGCAUUUAAGAUGUGGGGGACAUCAACGGAAAAACAAACACCAGCACAGUAUCCAGGGAGUGCACUGCUUAGUGGAAAUGUGAACAUUACAUGUGUUAAUGUGUGCUCUAUGAGCCAAAAUGUAGACCAGGAAAAUCCCAUCUUACUUUUUCCUGCAGUCAUUUGAAUAGGAAGAAAUCAAAUUGCUCCUUUAAAUCAGAAGCAGAUAUCUGCCUAAUUCCCUAAACACCAAAAAUCUAAAAAGAUGUCACUUAGUACUUCAACUCAUAAAAUACUGCCUCUUUUGGUGAUUUUAAAUAAGGCUAGUUUUUUUUUUUUUUUC